GGCCUUCUAUCUGCGACACACAGCACUACUGCUACGGCUACUCGCAGCAACCCCAACCUGGCAUUACGUCAUCCGAGGCCAACACCUCACCCAGCCCGCGACAAUGUGUUUCCACAACUACAGCCAGCACAACGGCUGCGGGCACAUUGGAGAGUCGCAUGAACACCCGUGGACACUGUGCGACGCGGCCAUCCAGCGGCUCAACGACCUCCGCGGACCAGGCUCGCCACCACUAUCUCCACCAGCCACAGUGCCCUCGUCGCCACCCAAGCACAAGCGCGCUCCGUCAACACGACGUUUCUUCUCGCUAAGUGGACAGCUGUCCCGGUCGAAUACCAGCACGUCGACGAGCUCUCGGCGCUCCGCUUCGUCGGCGCCAAGGAAGUCGGAUUCCAGCGCCGGCUCCUACACGUAUACCGUCGAGCUCGACUAUGCCACGCUGCCCGACCACCAGCUCGCUGCUGUUCGCUGUGCCGAGCCAACCAGGCGCACCCAUGUCAGCAGAGGCAUGGUCGUGUGCAAGGACUGCGCGCGCUGGAUCGAGGCCAUGCGCACCAUGAUUCACUUCUACGACAAGAAGGGCAGCGUCCGUGGCACCGCCGCCUUCGACAAGUUCCUCAGGUGCGAGGGCGAGGGCGGAGGCGAGCGAGAAGGAGACCUGACGGUUCCGCUCGACGACGAGGACGGCUGCGGUGCCUUUGGGGCCAGGCAGGCCAUCAUCCUCGGCCAUCCUGAGAGCGCCAUGAACGCCGAGGGGCCGAGGGGCCGAGGGGCUUGGGGACGCUAGAACGAGAAUUCGAGACUCGGUACCGGUACUGAGGCCGUGUCUUGGUACCCGUACGGCAAGAUGACUUUUUUUCUGGUAUUUAGCAGGUAAUGUGCUCUGCUGUUUUUAUAGCUUGAAGGCUGGACUACGCAAUCCUUACACCACACCCGCCAUGUGACUGGUCCGGGCCCGUCCCGCGCGGAUAAGGAACGCAAGGAUAAAACCAUAGUAGCAAGACGUCUUGACAGCCUAUCACCUCGUGAUGCGCAAAAUGAUUAUUCAUGACCACAUAGUCUAACAAGGCUUUUUCGCC